AAGCAUUCGGAAACCCUUCAAAAUCUCCAUUGAUAUAUCAUGGCAUACAAUUAUCGGUUGAUUAAUCCGCCGCCUCUCGUGCAUUCGCAGCACUAUCGGUCUCCAAGUAUCUCGUUCUCCGCCAAUGAAGUCCUUCCAGUGGGCCAUUCACUCCCAGAUGUUGGGCUCCCAUCAGGGGGGCACUUCAGAAACCCAAUGGAUAUGCGCGAGGCUUUCCUAAGAGAGAUUGAAAAGGAAAGUAUCAGAGAGAAAAUUAUAGCAGAAGAGAUUGCUCGAACAAGGUUCCUCAAUGCUGAAAUCAGGAUGGAGGAAGAAUGGGCACUGCAAAGGGGUGAGAAUGCCAAAUUACUGGCUAAGCCUUUUCCAUGCCAUCAUCUAUCGGGAGCGAAGAGGAGGGUGGACACGGCAGCAGAGCCUUUAAAAGCCAUUAGCAGUAAUGUCUCACUAAAAGUAAAGAAAGGAAAGGCGAAGAAGGCUGUUUCAGUAAGAGCACUGCUUAAAUAAUGGGAAUUGAGCGCAUUCCUCAAAUGCAGGACUUUGUUGCUCAGGGUCACUUUUUAUUUUUUGUUGCAAAAGGGGUCAUCCAGAGAAGCCUUGCCGUGCAAGUACCAAUCUUGUUUUAGAUAUCGAGAAGAAAGUUGUUUUGCAAAUCAAGAUUGGCAAACCUA